AUGACUCCCACGACUUUGCCAUUGCGUUUGUCGGUUAGUACGGCGCAGGAUGGAAAGGGCAUCACACUGCAGACUCCAACAUCGGCCUCGGCUCUGACGCCCCCGGUUACCCCAAUAGCGAAGGAAGCCGCCGACGCCGAACGCGCGAUUCCAAGUCCUCGAGACGAGAGAAGCCCCGAGCAAACAGCCGCGCAAGUGAAGAGAAAUAUCAGCACUCCACUGGGCUUCACGGACGAGCUCGAAAUCUGUCGCGAUGACGAGGAUCGCCCUGUCGAGUUUGGUCGCGGCGCUUGGAGUAUAGUAUACAAGGCGCGCUCAAGCACCAACGCUGCAACCUGUUCCCUCCACACUCCGCCCAGUUCGCCGGUCACGAUUACUCGCGUGUUAGCUGUGAAAGCGCCAUUGCGCCGUGAUGCGCGCAAGGUUCUACAAAGCGAAGCUCUAACCUUAACCCGACUCAAUCUCACUCCGGGCUUUGAACGACACAUCGUCCCCUUCCACGGGUUUAUGUCCGACUCCAUUGCGCUGGUCAUGUCCGCCGUGCCAUUAUCAUUAUCUACCUACAUCGAAGACCAGGCCGAUCUGCGCAAGAGACAGCCUUCAACGGCGACAAUGUUUGAUCCCGUCCAAGGACCCGAGUCCUGGCGCGACAUGGCCCGCAAAUUGAUAACCAGUCUAACCUGGCUGCACGAUACGGCAGGGAUUAUCCAUGGAGAUAUCAAGCCCCACAAUAUCCUGCUCCGUCAAAUUCCCACCGACAAGCCUGCCGCCGAGGCCAGCGCUUUCCCCUAUGAACCACUCCUGGCAGAUUUCUCUUCCGCCUUUGAGAUCCCAAAAGACGGUCCACCAGGACUGGAAACGAAUCAAGCCGCCAUGUCAGCAUUCACGCCCCCUUUCACAGCACCAGAACUGUUGUCACUCGCAUCAAUUAAAUCCGGCGACGUUGCACCAACGCCAUCGUCCGACGUGUUUUCCCUCGCGGCUACCCUGAUAGCCGCUGCAACGGGGGAUCUCCUUCUCUACCCGGGCUCAAACAACAUGCAACGUCUCGCCAUGGCGCGGGACGGUCAUCGAAUUCUAGAGUUUACUCGUGCUGGUUCGAAUGGCUGUCGCGUGCCGCGGAAUGGCUUUGUCGAGAAACUCGUUCAGCCGGCCGUUGUCAAGGAUCCGGCGCAGCGCAUUUUGACUCGGGACUGGAUGGGUUUGGCUUCUUUGUGA